GGCGAGGGUCCAGUCCAGCAGCUGACAUCUUUUCUGCCUCGACCACAGCGCCCGUCAUCCUUCCUGUAUGGUGGAUGUUAUUUUCAACUCUUCUUUCUUGGGUGAUAUGGGGGAUCAUUCCAAAAAGAAGCCAGGAUUCGCGAUGUGUGUGGGAUGUGGAAGUCAGAUCCAUGACCAGUACAUACUGAGAGUGUCUCCGGACCUGGAGUGGCAUGCAGCCUGUCUCAAGUGUGCAGAGUGCAGUCAAUACCUGGAUGAGACCUGCACUUGUUUCGUCCGGGACGGGAAAACCUAUUGCAAAAGAGACUAUGUAAGGCUCUUUGGAAUUAAAUGUGCAAAAUGUAACCUGGGAUUCAGCAGCAGCGACUUGGUGAUGAGGGCCCGGGAAAACGUCUACCACAUCGAGUGUUUCCGCUGCUCGGUGUGCAGCCGGCAGCUGCUGCCGGGAGAUGAGUUCUCUUUGCGGGAAGAGGAGCUGCUGUGCCGGGCGGACCACAGCCUCCUCCUGGAGAGAAGCUCCGCUGGGAGUCCGUGCAGCCCGGUGCACAUGCACUCCAACAACAGAGCGCUGCACCUGCCAGACCCGGUCACGGUGCGACAGGCCCCGCAUCGGAACCACGUCCACAAGCAGUCGGAGAAGACGACGCGGGUGCGGACGGUGCUGAACGAGAAGCAGCUGCACACGUUGCGGACCUGCUACAACGCCAACCCGAGGCCGGACGCGCUGAUGAAGGAGCAGCUGGUGGAGAUGACCGGCCUGAGCCCCCGGGUGAUCCGGGUCUGGUUCCAGAACAAGCGCUGUAAAGACAAGAAGAAGUCGAUCCUGAUGAAGCAGCUCCAGCAGCAGCAGCACAGUGAUAAGACUGUAAGCAUCUUCAACCUGCAGGGCCUGACAGGGACGCCUCUAGUGGCCGGAAGUCCUAUCCGACAUGAGAGCACUGUGCAGGGAAACCCGGUGGAGGUUCAGACCUACCAGCCUCCGUGGAAGGCUCUGAGUGAGUUCGCCCUGCAGAGUGACCUGGACCAGCCCGCCUUCCAACAACUGGUGUCUUUCUCUGAAUCGGGAUCUCUCGGAAACUCUUCGGGCAGCGACGUGACGUCUCUGUCCUCUCAGUUACCGGACACCCCCAACAGUAUGGUACCCAGCCCGGUGGAGACGUGAAACGUGCCGCUCACAUCUGCCGGGUUCUCUCAUCCACCCACCCACCCGCCCGUCCAUCCAACCAUCCAUCCAUCCGUCCGUCCAUCCUAGCCAGGACAGUUGCAGCAUGUUCCCGCCCCUCCUCACCCCCCCACACCUGCAUGACUGAGAACCGCUCAUCACAUGACAACCAGAAGGAAGAGACAGCGUUUACUUCAGGAGGACACGGAACAAAACCAGCUUCGAUUGAUUUGAUUUUUUUUUUCUUGAUUUUUGGAGACUUCACUGACGCAAAAACCUGAGCAGGACAAAGUAUUGCAUGACGGAGACAGACCAUGUACAGAAGAAGCCCUAUCUGGAUAUACUUAUAUAUAUACUCCAUCAACACCCCCCCCC